CACGUGACAGCUGCUCCCUGCGCAGGCGCAGUGCCAUAGCUCGAGCAGGUUUGAGCCUCGUGACUUUGAUUUGAAAUCUAAAAUGAAUCAAGUCGUGUCUCUCGUCACCGUGACCGUGUUCGUGUUGUUCGCUGAGUCGCUGCCUCACGCUCACCCAAAGUCCAGGACACAAGAUGGCAUCCAGGCAGAGCCCCAGUUCACAGAGAAGUAUUUCACUCAGACUAUGGAUCACUUCAACUUCAACAGCAUGGGGAAUGGGACAUUCAGCCAGCGUUACCUGAUCACAGAUAAGUACUGGCAGAAGGGCUACGGUCCUAUUUUCUUCUACACAGGCAACGAGGGAGACAUCUUGGAAUUUGCCAUCAACUCCGGAUUCAUCACAGAAUUGGCUGCUCAGCAGAGGGCACUUGUCAUAUUUGCUGAACACAGGUACUAUGGCAAAUCCCUGCCGUUCGGCAAAGACUCUUUCAACAUCCCGCAGGUCGGCCUGCUGACCGUGGAGCAGGCCCUCGCCGACUACAGUGUCAUGAUCACUGGACUGAAGCAGCAGCUGGGGGCCACAGACUCUCCUGUCAUUGUGUUUGGUGGCAGUUACGGUGGAAUGCUGUCAGUUUAUAUGAGAAUCAAGUAUCCAAAUCUUGUGGCCGGAGCUCUGGCGUCCAGCGCCCCCGUACUGUCCACUGCUGGGCUGGGAGAUUCCCGGCAGUUUUUUCAAGAUGUUACUGCUGACUUUGAGAGGGUUGCCCCUGAAUGCAGAGAUGCUGUGAGAGGAGCUUUCCAUCAGCUGAAGGAAUUAGCUGAGCGCCAAGAAUAUAAAGACAUCCAGGCAGAGUUUACUCUGUGUAAACCUCCGUCAUCUGCUCAGGACAUCCACCAGCUGUACGGCCUGCUGAGGAAUGCCUUCACUCUGAUGGCCAUGCUGGACUACCCCUACAGCACUCACUUCAUGGGCAACAUGCCCGCCAACCCUGUCAAGGUGGCUUGUGAAACCAUGCUGAGUGGAUCUGACUUACUUGCUAACCUCAGGAACACUGCAGGGAUUGUGUAUAAUUCUACUGGGCUGCUGACAUGUUUCGACCUGUACAGUCUGUAUCUGGAGUGUGCUGAUCCCACUGGAUGUGGUCUGGGCUUCAACAGCCUGGCCUGGGACUACCAGGCGUGCACAGAGGUCAAUCUGUGCUUUGAGAGCAACAAUGUGACGGACAUGUUUCCUCCCAUGUCCUUCACUGACAGAGACCGUGAGAUCUACUGCUCCAAACGCUGGGCUGUGAUUCCACGACCAGACUGGUUCAAAACCCAGUUCUGGGGUAAUGACCUCUCCACAGCCAGCAACAUCAUCUUCUCCAAUGGAGACCUGGACCCGUGGGCAAACGGAGGGGUGCGCAAGUCCUUGAGCUCAUCGCUGAUCGCUGUCAACAUUCCUGAGGGAGCCCAUCACCUGGACCUGAGAGGAUCCCACGAUGCUGAUCCAGUGUCAGUGAUCGCUGCCAGGAAAACAGAAGCAGACCUCAUCGCACAGUGGGUGAAGAUGGAGAGGAGAAGGUUAAAGAAGUCACACUAAAGCUCAGUCUCUCUGUCACAAUAUACUGGAUAUUAAAGAAUGAAUUAUUGAUGUGUAAUAACACACAGGAUAAUAUCCUGUAAAUGAUCCAGUGCCUUUUAAGUCCUUUCCAUUUCUUCAUGUCCUGAUGCAGUAUUUCACACUCCAACAAAGUGAAUGUUAGUUAUUGGUUUUAAUGAUUAUGCUGAACAAACCUUAUGUCUCUCUGGAACGUGGGUGUAGAAUAUGGUGUGUUCACUCUGGAACUGAACAAAAAGUGAGUGAACCUGUGAGUCAGUUUGUGUGAUGAAUGGGUUUGAUUGAGUUGGAUGCCAGUGAACUGUGUCAUCUCAGAGGAGCUGCUCAUUGCUGAGCUAAUUUCAGACCAUGCAUGGACAGUGGUGAAAAACAACAUGUUUGAAGCAGAUGUAGCACCAUCACUGCAGAGCAGCUUUGUUUCUCCAGUCAAUCAACACAAAUGUUUCUGUUCAAUAAAAUCUAUUUAAUUUUCUUUCUUUUUUUAACAGAAUUAAUGCAGAUCCAGCCUUUAUUUUACACCAAGUGACAUCAACAAUACAUUGUGUAAGGUUUGAAAUGGAAGAAAAACAACCAAUACUGCCGCCUCUCUGUCAGAACAAAGCUCUUCCACAUUUAUAUAUGUAAGAUCCCAUCUCACAGCAUUGAGAGGUCACAUUUCAGACAGAGAGGACACACGCCACUCAGGACAGUGAGGAGGUCUUGGAAUAAAUAGAUUCCAAUUGCUACUUUUCCAACAAUGAAAACAGGUGUCAGCGUGGAGCAUCUUCAAACCUCUGCCAGCAGAUGUGUAUUUAGUCAUGUUUUGGCUACUUCGGAUAAACUCAGACUGUAUAUAAAAAAGACAAACUAGAACCUCUGCUGAGAAAUGAAUCAAAUUAGCAGUCGCUCUGUGAUGAACGAACCUACAAACGUGUAGUCAUCUUUCAAGCCUGCAGGUAAACAGGGGCAGACAGUGUCUGUGAGGAAUAUGAUCCUAGAUUGAUCAGGUUAAUGCUUGACCUGCGUUUCAGGACACUUCAGGGACAGUUAGGUCCACGGGCUUCUAUUUACAGUAAGUCAGACUCAAUGUGAACAUGUGGGUCUGCAACAUGACAAUGUUAAAAGCAGUCUGUUUGGUGGCUGCAACUAAUAUAGAAAUCCAUCAGUCGUCAGUGACUUUAGUCUAAAAAUAGUGGCAUCAGUCUUCCAAACCCACACCAGUGACUGUUAUCAAAAGCACCGAAAAUAUCUCCUCUGUUAGUUUUUCCUGAAAGAUCCUGCUUUGGAAAAAAUGGCUUUUCAUCAAUAAGAACAAAACCAGACGCCGGGGGUGAUGAUAUCUCCAGCAUGUCUUUGGUUCAGGUUUUAUGCUGAAACACAUCCAGGGAGGGAUCACGCAGAGCCCUUGUCAAUAGGGUUUAAAUACACACUGGGAGAGAUAGGCAUCAUGUAACCCUAAUGAUUGAUUUGAGGGAAAAAUAUCAAUAAUCAAUCCUAGUGUAAAAAUGAUCCCCAAUCGCAAUUACCACACACUGUUGUAAGUCAGCAACCAGUAAAAAUAGCUGGAAUGAAUAUAAAUGCACGUUCACAGACAGAUAACAGUUGGUCUUUUGAAUGUUGUCUGAAGCAACAUUGAAGGCACACGUGAGGAAAAUAACAGAAUAAACUAAAUGAGUUUGGUCUCAAUUCAAAGUUUUUAAAAGUAACAACUACAAGUGGAGCUAUGAUGUAAACUAGUGUUAUUGGUAGGAAGGACUGCAAACUGCUGUGGUCACUACAACAAGAACUACUCAACAAAACACUCACAAUCCCAGCUCAGUGUUUAGAUAGCUGCAAUUACAACUUUAAAUACACUAGAAAUCAAUAUAUUAUGCUAAAUUUAUAUUUAAAAUGAAACGAGUCAGAAACACAAAUACUAAAGCCUUGCAGAGGACAAAAGAAUGAAAUGGAACAUUCAGCGAGAAGAGCAACU